CUCACAUUCUUCAAGGUAUCAAGUUAGGGUUUUGGGGAGAGAAAACAAGAAGAUUCAGUACUGAUCAGAGAAGAUUACACAGAGAGAACUAAGAAAAUGGCGAGGUGGGCUUUCAUGGUUCUUGUUGCUCUUCUCGCAGCUCAUGAGGCUGCUGCAGCUAGGGUUUUGCCUAGUGACAAAGGCCUCACUGACGAGAAGAACUUUGCCUCUUUCGGGGGUGUCGGCGGCUACAGCGGCAUUGGGGAUUCCGGGAUACCAUUCGGCGGCGUGGGUGGUGGAGUAGGCGGAGGAGGCGGCUUUGGUGGAGUUAAUGGGUUCGGCGGAGUUGGAGCUGGUGUUGGGACUCUACCCACUGGUGGUCUAGGUGGUGUUGGUGGCUUGGGUAACCUCGGCGGCUUUGGGGGUGGUGUUGGUGGCGGAGCUGGUGGUGGCGCAGGUGCCGGGCUGCCGUAUCCUUGAAGUGUGCUUCUGAUGCUACGUACUUGUUCAAGUGUGCAUCAUCGUACUAUGGUUCUAAUUGUGACUGUAUUAGCAGAUUGAUGUUAAUUUAGUGUGAGGUUGGUGUUGUUUUAAGUGUUUGUUUGUGGAAUGUUUGAUUGGUUAAGGUUGUAAGCUGCAGUAGUUCAAAACUUGCAUUGCAUUAAUGUUAUGAUUUGUUACCAAAGUUGAUCAUGGAAUAUACUACCUACGGUUUAAUUAUCA